AUGGCACCAAUAUCCUCAUCCUGGCAAGACAAGCUCUUGCACGAAUGCCGCAUCUUCGUAGCUAACCUAGAUGCCCAAGCCCAUAUUCUACGGUGCGAUCCAGAUAGUCGAGGAAAGGAACGUAUCGGGGAUGUCUCUCAGGCGGUAGUGGAUCUGUCUAUUCGCACAGAUCGGAUCAUAGACAUUGCAUUCGGUAUGGUUGCUCGGGCCCCGGAUAGCGAGAUUAUUCGUCGCAAUACUGCCUUUUGGUGCCGUGAAGCUGAUGGUAAUUACAAGUUCGAGAAUGUGUUUCUUACCAUGGAGCACGACUUGGUUCGUAUGACAUUGGCGCUUAAUAGGGACCCGUGUCAGUGCGAAUGUAAUGGCAUUGCUAGGCGUCUCGAGAGAAUCGCAAGGAAGGUUUCAUUUAAUCUGAAUUGCAAAAAGAAAUCUCUCCCUCGGGGAAUCGAACCCCGGUCUCCCGCGCUUAUCGGUUUUAAUGACAAGCGGAAAUCAUCACCACUAGACCAAGGAAGAAUGCGAUGGCCGAGUUACUGCUCGGCCACUUGGAUGGUUGAUGUGAGGACAUGA